CGAGCACGACGCACCUUCUAAUCUCACUAACGCUUAAACUUACGAAAGUUACGAACAAAAUGUUGCAAGGGAUCCACCACAAAUCCAGCUACAACAUGCAUAGCUACACCAAAUCCGAUGUCCCAAGACUUGUACCAAUCGCGCCUGCUACUGAAGCCAAAUACAAUAUGGAGCCUGAAAAGAAGAAGUACAACUACAAAAGCAACCCUUACGUCGGGGCUCAAGCCGCUUCGAUAGCCCGAAGAAACGCCAGGGAAAGGAACCGCGUGAAACAAGUGAAUGACGGCUUCAACGCGCUGAGGAAGAAGCUACCGGCAUCUGUCAUCGCUGCUUUAUCUGGAGGAGCACGACGCGGUUCGGGGAAGAAGCUGAGCAAAGUUGACACUCUUCGCAUGGUCGUGGAGUACAUCAGACACCUGCAGAGUUUGUUGGAAGAAAGCGACGGAGCUAUGGGCGUGCCAAAGUCAAAUGUCCACAUCACACCAAUGGACACAUCCCUAUGCUAUGAAGACGAAGGAGUCUACGGUGGAAGUUCUCCCUACUCCGAUUCAGUGCCUUCGCCAGUCGGUUCGGAGUGUUCUUCAGGAGUGUCAGUGUAUUCAAACAACGGUUAUAUCGCAAAUAAUUAUCCAAUCAACGAACAGUUCACUGCUGUAAACGACGACGACCUAUUAGACACUAUUUCAUGGUGGCAGCACAAAUAAGUUAGCCUUUAUAUUGUAUUUUAGGAUUCAAAAAAUUCUAGUCAAUUCAGUGUAUAGUUUAAAACCAAUCGCGUUUUCGCUCAAUACUCUUACGUUUGUAUAAAGUAUUUAAAAUGCAAAACAUGUGUAAAUAAGAUUACUACGGCUGUGGAAUUUAUGUAAAUGAAGAUUGUAAUGCUACUGAAUAUUUGAAUGUCUUCAUACUUUGUAAAUGAAGAAGACAAUUUAGAUAUUUUAGCUUUUAUAAAGCUCGU